UGUCCUUGCUUUCAGUCUUUUCCUGUUUGCCUGUCUUUCCCUCGUCCUCUCUGGUUCUCCUCUCGUGCUGCUCUGUUGUUGUUUCACAGCAACACCAGAUGAUGCUUUAUUAGCUGCGACGAUGCUGCGCGCACUCUGUGGAUGCUCCAUGUCCUGCUGAUGCUGCUCCCUUCCUUCCCUCCACUCCCUCUUCGUCCCCUUCCCCUUCCCACUCCCUCUCUACUCCGCUCCCUCCUUUCUCUUCCUUGUGGCUUGCUGUGCUGUGCUGUGCUCCCGUUCGAUCAUGACGCUCAGCUUGCAGCUUGCCCCCUCCUCUUCGCACCUCCAGACCACCACCUCCUCUUCUGCUUCUUCUUCUUCUUCUUCUGUUUCUGCGUCUUCUUCUGCUGCUUCUUCAUCUGCUUCCUCGUCCAUUUCCUUCCCCUCCCCAACUCCCUCCAUUUCCUCCCCCCCGCACCUCUCCGCACUCUCCAUGGGCCCUGCUGUCCAACCCUCUUCCUCUCCUCCACCCGGUGACGACGCUUCCGUUUCUCCGCCCACCAUGCCGCCCCCGAAGCCCAAACCUCGCGCUUCCGCUCGAGUGCCGCUCGAGAAGGGCUACAGCCAAAUGGUCUGGCUCCGUCUCCUGCAAACUGAACCAGACCUAGCAGGUUUAAAAGGACAGUCUCCCAAGAGAUUGAUACCCAUGGAGGAAGUGAAGCAACACAAAACCGAGGAGGAUGCGUGGACUGUGCUGCGAGGACGUGUCUACAAUAUUUCUCCUUACAUCCGCUUCCACCCUGGAGGCAAAGACAUGCUCAUGAAAGGAGCUGGAAGGGACUGCACAGCACUUUUCAACAAGUAUCACGUAUGGGUGAACGCGGAAUUCCUGAUGGAGAAGUGCUUGGUAGGCAUCUUGGACGUCCCUCAAACGUCAUGAUCUUUACAUCUUCUGCUACGAAUGAUGUUCUGACAGCAUUCUCUUGUGCCUAUAUGAAGUAUUAUUUUGUUUGCAGCUCAAGCACCGCCAGUUAUGGGUUUAAUGCUCCUCUUUCUUUGGCUGAAGAUUGGCCCACGUUAACCGCAUCGCAAAAGCAGGAUUUUCAUUACCCAAUUAAUAGAAAAGUGAGGGAACAAUUUUGUAUGAAGAAACACAUGUGUUUCUCAACGAAAUUGUAGCACUUGGGAGCUCAGAAAUGAAACCAGAUCCUUUGAAUAUGUUUAUACAUCUCAUGGUUAUAUUUUCAUCAGCUGUAACAAAAAGCAGUUGUCUAGCAGUAAGUUAUUCAGUAGGAAUAUGCAAAUUAUAUUGAUCACAGAAUCAUAGUACUUAAAUUCUGCUUGUAUUCUAGGGAAAUUGUUGAUCUUGAAGCCUACUAACCAGGCGGUAUUUUGUGAUUCUUGCCAUAAUGUAGGAAGUGGUUUUAGGUUCUUAUCAGACGUGUGUAUGAAGAAGCAUUCAUGGAUAUCAUAAUCUAAAAAGGCUAUGUUUUUUGAUGGAAUGCUACACUCAGUUUAAUCAAGGAGGCUUUCUCUUAA